AUGGCCAUCAUGUACGGUGGCCGACUCGAGUCCAACGCCUUUACCUCUGAGCUCUUCAUCCUCACCAUCGCUACCGGAACCUGGGCUGUGGGAGCAUCCAGCCCUUUACCCCGCAUCUACUCUGCUUGUACAAUCGCAGGUGACCAACUCAUCGUCUGGGGUGGACUCGUCACAUUGACGCAGAUGGCACCAAAAGAGGUCAUGAUCUACGACAUGAAGAGUAAUACCUGGGUGGAGCAGUAUACACCCACGGCACCUUAUGUGAACCAGACGGUUCCACCGAUCCCAGGUGCUGUUGAAGCGAGACCAUCAACAAAUGCGACCCUGUCCGCAGUGUCGCCGCCGGGUUCUACUGGCACAGAAGUAGCUUCCAGCGGUGGUGAUAGUGUUAUUGGUAUCAUCGCUGGAAGUGUUUUGGGUGUAUUGGGUAUGUGCUUUAUUAUAUUCGUGGCGUAUCAACAACGACAACGGCAGGGAGAGCAGGAUAUAGGAACUGGUAGAAGAGAAGAUGGUGCCACGGAUACCCGAGAGCCACAAGCCAUCAUCCCCACUGGGCCAGGAAUGAACGCGGCAACAACCCCAGCAACAGUACUCUACAGCCAGAACCCACAGGGAUCAGUCUACGGAUCAGCAGGAGGAUAUCAGGACCCUCAAAGUCCUCAUGGUGUCCAAGUCGCUGACGACAUACAAGUUCGACUGAGAGAAUUCAAGCAGAUGGAGUUAAGAGAGCAGCUCUUGACCCUCGAAGAGCAGGCACAAGCCUUCCAACCUGGUUCACAAUACCAACAACAACAGCAGUACCAGCAGCAGGUUCCAGUACAGUACCCGGUGACGAUGGGUGUGUCGCAUUACCCGGCGACGGUAGGGACGGUGCAGGCGUUGCCAGUGACGAAUUCCUCCGCGAUGGAACAGUAUUAUCCUGCGGCGUUUAUUGGCGAGCUAUGA